GGAUUUCGAAUUCUGCAUGUUGGAUCUUGCUGGACAAUGACUUCCACGCCAAGCUAUCAGAUUUUGGGCUUGCGAAACUGGGACCGGUUGGCGACAACACUCAUGUCUCAACUUGAGUCAUGGGAACAUACGGAUACUGUGCCCCGGAGUAUGCCAUGAGCGGGAAAUUGACUCUUAAAUCCGACAUCUAUAGCUUUGGUGUGGUUCUGUUGGAGCUCAUCACUGGACGGAAGGCAAUGGAUUAUAGCAGAAGGCAAGGUGAACAGAACCUCGUUGUUUGGUCUCGCCCCUAUCUGAAAGAUCCGAAGUAGUUCUGUCAAAUGGCCGACCCUCAGCUCCAGGGCCGCUACCCUCGUUGCUCUCUGAACUAUGCAAUUGCCGUAUGUGCAAUGUGCCUCCACGAAGAGGCACAUUUCCGGCCUCUGAUUGGCGACAUAGUGGUUGCUCUCGAGUACCUAGCUGCACAGAGCGCUGAGCACAUGAGCGGAAAAGCACUAAGCAAGAUCGCCUUGCCCUCCUCGAAAUCUGACGGAAGUGAACCAAUGACGCCACCCUCCUCAAAAUCAGAGGUAAAUGCUCGUAGAGAAAUCAUCUUGCCCUACUCAAGAUCAGACAGAAGUGGACCAAUGAUGCCACCCUCAUCAAAAUCAGAGGUAAAUGCCCCUAGUGAAAUCGUCUUGCCCUCCUCAAAAUCAGACAGAAGUAGACCAAUGAUGCCACCCUCCUCAAAAUCGAAGGUAAAUGCACCUCAGCAGUUGCUAUCCUCGCCUAUCUCGAAUUCAGAUAGAGACCCUCAGAAACAAGAUCUCGUCACCACUAGCGCUUCGUUCUAAUUUAUGUCUGUGGUCGGCGCUCAGAGGCUGAUUUUCUGGAUUAGAACACCCUUCAUUGGAUCAUCGCAAAUUUCUUGCAAGCUGUGAGAAAGGGAUGGAAAAGAGUGAGUAUACAUAAAAAAAUACGAAUCAAUGAAUGUUGUUUAUAUGUUAUACAGAAUGUGUACAUGAAUUGUACAUAAGGGUGUGAUGUUUGGGAGGGUAGAAAGAGCUUGUUUUGUUUUCUUCUUUUCCACUUCUCCUCCAUUUUCCCUCCAUCCUCUUGUUUUAUUUACUAUGAAGAAUGGAGCAAAAUGUGUAGAUUCUAUCAAUAAAAGGGAUCCAUUCAUAGCACCCCUUACAAAAUUGACAUCAAUGCUCAUUGGUAUUAAGUUAUUUU